AUGAAGCUCCUCCUCCUCCUUCACCGGUUUUCCCGCAACAACGCGUUUUCCGAGCAGCAGCCAGCAGGGAGUGGUGGGAAGAAGGUGCUGGGAAGUUGGGAAUGGCUCGCAGCGGCGCGCGCUCCCGCGCGUUGGAUCUCCGCGGUGCUGCGGCGGGGAGAGCGCCGGAGGCGACAGCUGGGGGUGCGACGCGCGCGCGCUUCUGCGGCUCUGCGGCUCUGCGGCUGCGCGGUGGGGGCGUGUUUAGUAGCGGGCGAAGCUGCAGCUGGGGUGCCGUACUUGUCGGUUAAGAUGGCGGGCCGGUCUAUGCAAGCAGCAAGAUGCCCUACAGACGAGUUGUCAUUGAGCAACUGUGCAGUUGUGAAUGAAAAGGACUUCCAAUCUGGCCAACAUGUGGUUGUGAGGACCUCGCCCAAUCACAGAUAUACUUUUACACUCAGGACUCAUUCAUCGGUUGUUCCAGGCAGUAUCGCUUUCAGCUUACCCCAGCGAAAAUGGGCUGGACUUUCUAUUGGGCAAGAGAUAGAAGUUUCCUUAUAUUCAUUUGACAAGACCAAGCAGUGUAUUGGUACAAUGACCAUCGAGAUUGAUUUCCUACAGAAAAAAAGCAUUGAUUCCAAUCCUUAUGACACUGACAAGAUGGCAGCGGAAUUUAUCCAACAGUUCAACAAUCAAGCUUUCUCAGUGGGACAGCAGCUUGUGUUUAGCUUCAAUGAGAAGCUUUUUGGUUUGUUAGUGAAGGAUAUUGAGGCCAUGGAUCCCAGCAUCCUGAAGGGAGAACCUGCUACAGGGAAAAGACAGAAGAUUGAAGUCGGUCUGGUUGUUGGAAAUAGUCAAGUUGCAUUUGAGAAAGCAGAUAAUUCUUCUCUCAAUCUUAUUGGUAAAGCUAAAACCAAGGAAAAUCGACAGUCUAUCAUCAAUCCUGACUGGAACUUUGAAAAGAUGGGAAUAGGAGGCCUGGACAGGGAGUUUUCAGAUAUAUUUCGUCGAGCUUUUGCCUCGCGGGUAUUUCCUCCAGAAAUUGUUGAGCAGAUGGGUUGCAAACAUGUGAAAGGUAUUCUGUUAUACGGCCCCCCGGGCUGUGGUAAGACCCUUUUGGCUCGACAGAUUGGCAAGAUGUUGAAUGCAAGAGAGCCCAAGGUCGUCAACGGGCCAGAAAUUCUUAACAAAUAUGUCGGGGAAUCAGAGGCAAAUAUCCGUAAACUCUUUGCUGAUGCUGAAGAGGAGCAGAGGAGGCUUGGAGCUAACAGUGGUUUACACAUCAUCAUCUUUGAUGAAAUUGAUGCCAUCUGCAAGCAGAGAGGGAGCAUGGCUGGAAGCACAGGAGUUCAUGACACUGUUGUCAACCAAUUGUUGUCUAAAAUCGAUGGUGUGGAGCAACUAAACAACAUCUUAGUCAUUGGAAUGACCAACAGACCUGAUCUGAUAGAUGAGGCUCUUCUGCGACCUGGUAGACUGGAGGUUAAAAUGGAAAUAGGCUUGCCAGAUGAAAAAGGUCGGCUGCAGAUCCUUCACAUUCAUACAGCAAGGAUGAGAGGGCAUCAGCUAUUAGCUGCGGAUGUGGAUAUUAAGGAACUUGCUGUGGAGACCAAGAACUUCAGUGGUGCUGAAUUAGAGGGUCUAGUUCGAGCUGCACAAUCCACUGCAAUGAAUAGACAUAUUAAGGCCAGCACCAAAGUGGAAGUGGAUAUGGAAAAAGCAGAGAGCCUACAAGUGACAAGAGGAGACUUCCUUGCUUCUCUGGAAAAUGAUAUCAAACCAGCAUUUGGAACAAACCAAGAGGAUUAUGCAAGUUACAUCAUGAAUGGUAUCAUCAAAUGGGGUGACCCAGUCACUAGAGUGCUAGAAGAUGGUGAGCUGUUGGUGCAGCAGACUAAAAACAGUGACCGAACACCUUUAGUUAGCGUUCUUUUGGAAGGCCCUCCUCACAGUGGAAAGACAGCUUUAGCAGCAAAGAUUUCAGAGGAAUCCAACUUCCCCUUCAUCAAGAUCUGUUCCCCUGAUAAAAUGAUUGGCUUUUCUGAAACAGCCAAAUGUCAGGCCAUGAAGAAGAUCUUUGAUGAUGCAUAUAAAUCCCAGCUCAGUUGUGUGGUUGUGGAUGACAUUGAGAGACUUUUAGAUUAUGUCCCUAUUGGACCUCGAUUUUCCAAUCUAGUAUUGCAGGCCCUUCUCGUAUUACUGAAGAAGGCACCACCUCAGGGACGCAAGCUUCUCAUCAUUGGGACCACCAGCCGCAAAGAUGUCCUGCAGGAAAUGGAAAUGCUUAAUGCUUUCAGUACCACCAUUCACGUGCCUAACAUUGCUACAGGAGAACAGUUGAUGGAGGCUUUGGAGCUUUUGGGUAACUUUAAAGAUAAAGAACGUACCACUAUUGCACAGCAAGUCAAGGGAAAGAAGGUCUGGAUAGGAAUCAAGAAAUUACUAAUGCUGAUUGAGAUGUCACUACAAAUGGAUCCUGAAUACCGGGUGAGAAAAUUCCUGGCUCUCUUGAGAGAAGAAGGGGCUAACCCCCUUGACUAUGAUUGAAUGUGGACUGUCUGCUGUGCGAAGUGACCAAGGGAAGUGACCGAGGUGAAGAUGACCGCCAUGCAUCUUAUUCAAGGGCACUGGCCUAGCGGAAAUGCAACUCUCCCUUCCAUAAGCCCUCAGUCUGCAUGUGUAGUGCAAUAUAUUCUCAUUCCUUAUGCUCGUCUUAGAUACUCUGGUGUUUUUGUGGCAGGUGAUAGUUUGCUUGGUGUUGUGCUUCUGUUUCUGUGCAGACUAAAAAGACUUUCUCACUCAGUUUUUUAGGUGUGGAAAGAAUGCAGUCUACUUGCUAACAUUACACAUUUCAAGUGUUCUGCCCCACAUACCACCAGUAAAUUUAAUGAGCAUUGCAAGUAAACAUCUUGCUUGUUUAACUGAGACCUGACAUCAUCAUAGGAAAGUGGGACAGGAGGGGUGCCUUGGAGGGGAUGUGAUUGUCUAUGUAUUAUUGAUGUAUUUAGAUGUCAAAGACAAAAAUUAGAUUAUGGAUUUCCAGAAUACCCUUUAUUGCCCUUGCCUAAACACAUGUGAAUCUGAAUUUCUCACUUACUCUUUCUUUGGUCAUUUGAAAUAAAGUUUGCAAUCUGUGGUCAGAAAAUUUUUACUGGUGAGAGAACAAAAUAUGACUGCAGAGGCAGCAACACAUUAAAGACACAGAAUUUUCCAUUAAUAUUAUUUGUUUGAUUUGGAGAAAUUCAGCCUAUUACUACUCUAUAUUUGUUAAAAACCAGUGAGAGUUAUUUGUGGAAAAGUGUACUACCCUAAACAGAAAGAGGUUAUUAAAAAUAAUUCAGGAACUUCUUUGUGCUAAUUAGUGUCCAGCUUUAAAUGAGCCAGUUCCUUAGAGCACUAUGAAGUUUGUUAGUAUCCCUAAAUUUUUCUUUCCUCAGUGAGAAAACUUAAAAGUUAUAGUCCAGCCUUUCUUCCUUUGGAACCAGCUACCAAAGUGCUAAUCUAUACUAUGCAGUAUCUAAGGAAUACACUAUUAUUAUUAGUUGAAAUAUCCAAAAAGACUACCUUCCCCCUAAUCUUUUGAUUUCAUUCUGGCAAGUAUGUCAAAUUUCAGUUAUCAUCUGCCUGUUCCUUCCAAAAGGGACAAGGCAAUCAGCAUUCAUUUCUUUUUGGUGACUUUUCUGAUAACUGAGUUAGAAUGUGUUUAAUUAGGUCAGCUUGUCUGGUAAUGAGGCUUGUAGAGCAUGCCACUUUCUCCCCCACCCCCACCUUCAAAGGGAAGACAAACAGCCCAAAGCCGAGUGACAGAACUUGAUGCUAGCCUAGCCAGCCUCUCUGCCUGAGCUUGCAAGCCCAGCGUGACAUGGGUCUCUGUCAUUUGUCCUCCUGGGGGGAGAGCAAACCAUUCUCCAGGCCUUGUGGAUAUCCUUUUAGCAUAGUCUUAUGCACGUCAUCAGCUUUCUUUUGGGGUUUUCAUCCUCUGUUCAUUUUAAGUGAUGUAUACUGUGAAAAUCUGUGAUUUCCAGUGGCCAGUAUCCAUGGUGACCCCUCUCUGUAUAAGAUCUUGCAACUUCCUCUUCCCAGGAAAUCAUCACAUAUUAUAUUAACUUAAUGUCUCUGGUUAAAUGACGUAAAUGUUUUUAUUGUGCUUUUGUCCAAGGAUAUAUUGAGAACUAUGUUAUAUUUAAUGCCAAUGACUGGAUGCAAUAAAUAGCACAUAUACUUGGAAA